CUCAAUGUCGGAACGUUCCGAAGAUGACGUCGGAGCGUUCUCGAAUCCCGUGUCUCUCGGCUGCUGCUGCCGAAGGAACAGGGAAAAAGCAACAAGAAGGAAGAGCAAUGGCGACACUGGAUCGCAAAGUGCCCAGUCCGGAGGCGUUUCUGGGCAAACCCUGGUCCUCCUGGAUCGACGCCGCCAAAUUACACUGCUCCGACAAUGUAGAUUUAGAAGAGGCUGGAAAAGAGGGUGGAAAAAGCAGGGAGGUUAUGAGGCUUAAUAAAGAAGAUAUGCACUUAUUUGGCCAUUAUCCAGCACAUGACGACUUCUAUCUCGUAGUGUGCAGUGCCUGUAAUCAGGUCGUCAAGCCCCAGGUUUUCCAGUCGCACUGCGAGAGAAGACACGGUUCAAUGUGCAGACCUUCUCCCUCUCCAGCAUCUCCGGCCUCCAAUUCCAGGACAUCAGUAGUAGCACAGGUGAAAACAAAAGCCUGUCUCAGCGGCCAUAACUCUGCCAGCAGCACCUCAAAGCCAUUCAAAACGCCCAAAGACAAUCUUCUUACCUCCAGCAGCAAACAGCACACAGUCUUUCCCGCAAAAGGAUCAAGGGACAAACCAUGUGUUCCGGUUCCCGUAGUCAGUUUAGAGAAAAUUCCUAACCUAGUGAAGGCAGAUGGUGCCAAUGUCAAAAUGAACUCUACAACCACUACUGCAGUCACUUCUUCCUCCUCCUCCUCCUCCUCCUCCUCUUCCUCUUCUGCUGUCUCCGCCCCACCUCUAAUUAAGCCCAUCCUGAUGUCUAAGUCGGUGCCACCUUCACCUGAGAAGAUCUUAAAUGGCAAAGGGAUCCUGUCCGCCACCAUAGACAAGAAACACCAAAAUGGCACCAAAAACAACAACAAGCCUUACCGGAGACUUUCAGAGAGAGAAUUUGACCCAAAUAAACACUGUGGAGUAUUGGAUCCCGAGACAAAGAAACCUUGCACAAGAUCCCUCACCUGCAAGACACACUCACUAAGCCAUCGGAGGGCAGUCCCAGGCCGGAAAAAGCAAUUCGACCUCCUCCUGGCAGAACACAAAGCCAAGUCCCGGGAGAAAGAAGUUAAAGAGCAUCUCCUGACUUCCACAAGGGAAAUACUUCCAAACCAAACUGGGCAAGUUCAGGAUUCUCUGCCCGGAUCUUCAGGGAGCUCCGGGCCAGAACCGAAAGUCACAUCCCCUGCGAAAUCCAGGCCACCUAACUCUGUGCUCCCCAGACCAUCAUCUGCAAAUAGCAUAAGCAGCAAUGCAUCUUCAAAUCUCAGCAGCUACACUCCAGAGCCUCCUCUACCCCCAGUAGGAGGUGACCUUGCCAGCCGACUGUCCAGUGAUGAAGGAGAGAUGGAUGGAGCCGAGGAAUCUGAGAAAUUAGACUGUCAGUUCUCUACACACCACCCCAGACCUCUUGCGUUUUGCUCAUUCGGGAGUCGCCUCAUGGGACGAGGGUACUAUGUGUUUGAUAGAAGAUGGGAUCGUUUUCGAUUCGCCCUAAACUCCAUGGUAGAAAAACACUUGAAUUCACAGAUGUGGAAGCACAGAAGCCCGAGCCACCGGGCAUCAGGUCCCUCCCCCCUGUUCAGGACUUGCCUAACCAAUCUGCUGUCACUGAGCAACAUUGGGGCUGCCUGGGUGUCAACUCUGGAGAGCGUAGCACCCCGCUGCCCUCUCAGCCUCGCUGCCCAAACUCCAGGCCCCGACGGGCCCGAACCUGGAGGGAUGGCAGCCGAUGGGGGCAUUGAAGACAUUAGGAAGAAAAGGAACGGCAAAGACUCUUUUUUCUUUAACAAGCAUUUAACUCUGCAUCAGGAGACGCCAACACAGUAUUCUCUUUCAGCCAGGAAGAUCCCUCCUGCGGCAGAUACCCCCAUGCCCUCGCCAGCAGCCCACAUCACCACCCCUGUUCCAGCAUCCGUUUUGCAGCCUUUCAGCAACCCCAGUGCUGUGUAUCUUCCUUCAGCUCCCAUCAGCUCGAGACUCACCUCUUCUUACAUAAUGACAUCAGCCAUGCUCUCAGACGCAGCUUUUGUGGCAUCGCCGGACCCGCGUGUCCUCAUGUCCCACACCACAGCUUUCCCUCAUGUGGCCGCUACCCUCAGCAUCAUGGACUCAACCUUCAAGGCUCCAUCCGCCGUGUCCCCGAUACCAGCUGUCAUCCCUUCCCCAUCCCACAAGCCAUCCAAAACCAAAACCAGCAAAUCCUCAAAAGUCAAAGACCUGUCUGCCCGUAGCGACCAGUCUCCAAGUAACAAAAAGAGGAAGCCACAGUCUUCGACUUCCUCUUCCUCCUUGUCCUUGCAGACUUCCCUCUCAUCGUCGCCAUUGUCAGGGCCCCACAAAAAGAACUGUGUUCUCAAUGCCAGUUCUGCUUUGAACUCCUAUCAGGCAGCCCCUCCCUAUAACAGUCUGUCUGUGCACAACUCCAACAAUGGGGUGAGCCCACUCAGUGCCAAGCUGGAGCCCUCAGGACGGACCUCGCUGCCCGGCGGCCCCGUGGACAUAGUGAGACAGGUGGGCGCGGUGGGCGGCAGCAGUGACUCCUGUCCCCUCUCGGUGCCCUCCCUUGCGCUCCACACGGGGGAUCUCUCUCUGGCCUCACACAAUGCCGUGUCUUCUCUGCCCCUUUCUUUUGACAAAUCAGAAGGAAAAAAGCGUAAGAACUCAAGUACUAGUAGCAAAGCCUGUAAAAUCACUAAAAUGCCUGGUAUGAAUAGCGUUCACAAAAAGAACCCACCCAGUCUUCUUGCACCGGUGCCCGAUCCCGUUAACAGCACCUCCUCUCGGCAGGUUGGGAAAAAUAGCAGCCUAGCUUUGUCACAAUCCAGUCCUUCAAGCAUAUCCAGCCCAGGACACAGCCGACAGAAGAACACAAACAGAAUGGGCAGAAUAAGGACGCUUCCAUAACAAGAUGAUGAAGCCACUUCCAAAACAAUUUCUGGUGGUGAUCGCACCCUAGGAGGCUGUGGCGCAGAGGAGGGAAGGGGACUGGCCCAUGAGCAAGCAUCUGUUACCUGUACCCUGCUGUGGCUCUGGCCUUUCUUCUUUCUUCUUGCCCCUCCUCCUCCUUCUUUCUUCUUUCUUUUCUUUUUCCUUUUCCUUCUUCCUUCUCCUCCUCCUUCUUCAUUGACCAAAUUUCAGUUUUGAAGAAAAAGAAAAUGGCAAAAGAACGUGCAUUUGAGAUUGACAGCAAACAGUCCCAGUGUUUUCUUUACAUUUUUCAUUUGCCACAUUUACACACGCUUCCAAAUGUGGAGUCACUCCCCCAGAUCCUGGUGUUGCUACUUCACUGAGAGCAGACAUAGCCGGAUGUCGGUUCUGGGCUGGUCUCCCAUGGAAGCUCUGGAACCAUCACACAUGCAGAGCUCUUUUACCUUCUCUUAUCCCAUCCCUCCUAUCCCCAACCUGAUCCUCACUGGUCCCCACCUGCCAUCAGAAGGUGCUGCUCUCACCAGCCACCCCUAGACAGGGUGCUUAGGGAAGAAGUCUCUAGAAGAGAAACUUGUGUUUGAAGUAGAAAGAGCCAGAGAGUCAAAGGGAUACCUUCCUGGGCACCAUGGUUACAGCUAAAUGCUAAGGGCCAAAUUGAGAACAGUGGCCAUACAUUCACAUACAUAGUGAAGUAACUGAACCAGUACUACAAUCCAGCUGUGCAGCUCAAAAAAGAUCUACUGAGUUUAAUCAGAGAUGGGGCUUGAGUAGGUGGCAGGAAGCAGAUCGUGGGCAUAGAGGACAAUAUUCCUUGAAAUAUGUGGGAAUCAGGUGACUGAUAGUUUGAGCUUGCUAAGAAUCCCUUUCACAGCAGUGUGCAAGUUCCCAAAGCCGGGUGAGCAGAGUCCAAGAAAGCUACUCCAUGAGAUGAUGGGGUGAUCAUAGCUAUUGUAGGUUCUGGAGCUUCUCUCCAGGGCCAGGAAUAUCCUCCAGGAAAAGCUUAUUUGGAGAAUUUUGUGCCAAACUCACCCACACCCGUAAAUGAGCUUGCCUCAACUCAUAUGUCCUAGCUCAGAGACAGAAGUAGUAAGAGCAAGCCACCCCUUGGUUAAGAACCAGCGAAAGAGCUGGGACACCUUGGCACACUGCAGUUUUCAGCAGCCCACACUGGAGUUUUGAAAAGGGUGGUAACAUCCUAAGUUCUAAUGAUCAUAAUCAACAGAAUUUCACAGCAUAAAGCUGGUGUUCCAUGCACUUCUGAACUUAUGGCAACACGCUGUGACAUAGAGCAAAGAUACCAAGAGAUUCCACUUUACCCUGAAAUCUGAAAUGAACGCUAGUUUCACAGCUGGACACACCCCUCUUCCUCUCCCUGAAGUUUUCCUUUAUGUUUCCUCUCUCCCAACCCAAAGAUCAGACUACUGGUAAUUUGUACCAUGUGAUUGGAAUCCGCAAAGACGGGAGGCAAAUGGAGUGAUUUACAUCAAUGCAAUUGCACUGACAGUGUUUCUUAUAGAAUUACUAAAUUUUUUAAAUAUAAAAUGAUUUUUUAAAAAAAAAAUCAGGAGUUGCUAUUAAGUACCAGGACAUUUAGUUGGGAUGAUUUCAUUUUUUAUUUUUACAGUGUUAAAAGUGCACUUAUAUGCUGGUUUAUUUACGUCUUGGGAAAAAGAGACUGCAAAUUGAAGGGACGAUUGUUACUUUUCUUUUUAAAAAAAGGAUAAGGCAGAUUUUAAGACUUAUAAAUGUUUAAGAUUAUAAACAAGGUUAGACCCUUUGAAAAAAAGUUUAGAAGAUAUUCUUAAAGUAAAUUUUUAUAGUGUUAAUUUUGUAAUAAUUUAUGUUUUACUAUAUUACAGAGCUAACUGACCAGAAUAGUUUCAGAAACAAUAUGAAACUUAGGAAAGUUUAAGCAAUGUUUAUAUUUUUUAAAUGUUCUUUGAAUUAUGUUUUUAUUGUACAUUUCUUCAGACUGAAAAAUAUGUACAUAUCUUUGUUAUUUUUGCACAAUUUUUGUCUUGUUCAGUUUUAGAGUCUUUUUUUAUAAUUUAUUUUGAGUUGUACAACUUGCAGGAGUAAAACAACAAAACAAAUCUCAGCAACAAGGAACCCUCUGACUUAUAAACUUCGUAUAUUCAAAGAGGGAAUACAGAGGUUGAGAGAUUAAGUGGCUACUUCUGAGAAAUAAUGUCUCAACAGAGACUAAAGGAUCAGUCUAGUAGGUUUCAACAUGGUAGCCUUCUACGUCCUGAAUUGGAAGAUGGAAUAGAGGCUCCCCACCGAAUGCUGCUUACUUUCUUGAAAGACUGGCUUUGACCAAGGUGAGGACAUUUCUGGAAAACUGAGCAAAAAGGGAAAACCCACGGUAUUUCUUCCUUCGCAACCAACCACAGGUUUACUUUAUAAUGAUGUAUUUAAAAAAAAAAACUUGCAGCUUGAAAAAUGGAAUGCAAAUGCAAAUAAAAAGGUUAUAUUUGGGUUUGUUUUCGUGGCGUUCAACUGGACCAGCCUAUAAAGCAUUAUUAGAAUGAUAUCUUUUGGGUCCUCCUCUUCUGCACACCCCACUCAGCCUUCUCUCCCAGUCCCUGACUGCACACACCCUUAUUCGCCUGAAGAUCUGACUUGUCGCCAGCCAUGAAGGCUCGAACGCUCUGGUUGGUAAGCAUAACGCAGUGCAUAGACCUGUCAGCCAUAAAAACAAAAAACAGAAAAAGAAAAAAAAAGCGACUUGGAUAACUUGUAUGCCUUCUUUUGUAUCAAUGUACCAAUUGUAAAUAAUGCUGAUCAACCUUUGUAGAGAAUAGUUUAUACAGCAUAUUCUAUUAUUGCUGAUUCUCAGUGAACUCUUGUUUUAAAAAAAAAAAAAGG